CAUGUUUUCAAACCUCAAGCCCCUAAUCCUGCACGCCCACACCACCGGCCCCAACCCCAUAAAAAUCGCCAUCGUCCUCGAAAAGUUGCAAAUCCCCUACACUAUCAAACUCUGGGAAUUCGGCGAUAAUCCCGAGAACGGUCUCAAAGGACCAAAAUUCCUAGCCAUCAACGAAAAUGGCCGUGUUCCUGCCCUCCAAGACCCCAAUUCCGGAGUUGUAUCUUGGGAGUCUGGUGCUGUGAUGAACUACAUCAGAAGAAAGUACGAUACAGAGAAUAAAUUGGGACCGCAAGGAAAGACCGAACAGGAUAUUGUGGAUUUUGAAAAGUGGGAGUAUNUUUUGCUUACCACUUUGGGACCGAUGACUGGACAGACGAAUUGGUAUAGGUUUGGUUGUGAAGGUUUACUGAUUGGCUGGGUANGGCAUUACAAUGAGGUCAAGAAUGAAGAUGCGCUGAACCGUUAUGCGGCACAGACGUACCGCUGCUAUCAGGUUCUUGAAGGUCAGUUGAAGAAGACUGGAGGUGAGAGCAUCUUGCCUGGUGGUUAUACGGCUGUGGAUGCACAUUUCGAGCCCUGGAUCCGCCAACAUGCUUAUGCACAGCUGAGUCUUGAUGACUAUCCUAUGGUGUCGAAGUGGCUGAAGAAGUACGGAGAGACAGAGGAGGUUAGGGCUGCCUAUAAGAAGAUUCAAGACGCAACUUCG